AUGUCCAACCCGUUAUCCAGCAAUGGCGGCAGCUGGCAGCCUCCACCGCUAAUACCAAUACACGCAGCAACACCACCACCACCGCCGCCGCCGGUACCAGUGCCAGAUCCUAACCUUGAAGAGCUAGAGUUGAUGAUGAACUGGUAUAAUAUCGAUAUACACCCUUUCUCAACCAACCUCGAAUACAAAGCCGUGUGGCAGAAGGCACUUCAGCAAGAAUCCCUCACCCACCUGUUCCUGAUGCAUGGGAUUCUAGCACUAUCUGCCCUUGAACUUGGGCGCAGGAAAGGGUGCGAUGCCACCAAUGUCAAUCAACGAUCAUACACAGCCAUCGCCCUUGGCCAUUACUUGAGAGCUGUUGCCCUAUCCCAGCCAGUAUUAAAAAACAUCAAUGAGGAGAAUUGCAAAGCCGUGUUUCUACUCCCAACUCUUCUUACCGCCUUUGCAUUCGGGUCUCCACAACAAGCCUGGGGUCUAGGGAAUAGCCGCCACCCUAUUGCUCGGUUUCACCUUGUUCUUCUUCUAGCAAGAGGGAUGGGGCAGGUACAGUCUACCGCGAUAGACAAGAUGAAGGAUGGCAAAUUUGACACCCUUAUUAAACCAGAUAGCUACAGCCCCUGGCUACCUGCUGACGCAAAAGCAGCACUAUGUAACCUUCACCAGCUCAAUGAGAACUGUGAACAAUACAGCAUCUCCGAGAAGAACAUUUACAACACAACAAUCAACCAGGUUGAGAUCAUGCUGGGGCAGAUUCACGUGGCCGCGACAAGGCCCAAUCCAGCAGUUAUGUGGGCAACAGAGGUGCCACCACUGUACUUGGAGCUUAUGAGGGCAUAUAAGCCCAUGGCGCUUGUUGUCCUGGCUCAUUACUGUGUUAUUUUGCACCAUCUUAGGGGGAUAUGGUGGGUUGAUGGAUGGAGUGUCCCACUAUUGCGGGCAAGCCCACCUACAAAUACGCCCCCACCGGCAACUCUUAAGUACUGGCGCGAUAAGAGAGCCAAGGAGACCUGGGCCAAUCCCUACGCUGGCGGCCCAAUCCGCUACGCUACAAGCCAAUGGGAAAAAUUCCAACAAAACUUCACAAUAAUCCCCCACACCUCCCGGUCCAAAGCCGAAUUCAUCCACGCCCUCCAACCAGGCGGUCCCUACUCCACCAUAAACGGCACACUGCGUCCCGCGAUCUCAAAACCACAAACCGACCUCCCGCUCCCAGACAAAGAACUCUCAUCUCCCCACCUCCCCACGUCCUGCGAGAUCAUCGCGUCCGUCAACCACGGCUACGAUGGCAUUGACACUGACGAACUGGGGCGCAGGGGGAUCUGGUACUGCAACGGCGCCGGCGCCGCAAAUGACUCGACAGCGGACAUUGCGCUGUUUCUGAUCCUCGCGGCGUUCCGGUACACAACGUUCAGCGAGGGAAGGUUGCGCGAGAUGCGCGCGGCCAGCUACUUCAGUAUGGAGGGGGAUGUGUUGCCGUAUGCGAACACACCGCGCAAUCGCAUCCUGGGCGUCGUGGGGAUGGGAGGGAUUGGGGGGGAGAUUUCAGUCCGGGCGCGGGCGGUGCGGAUGCAGAUACAUUAUUUCUCACGGACGAGGAAGGGGGCCGAUGUCGAGGGGUUGCUAGGUGGGGCGGUGUACCAUCCCACGCUGAAGGGGAUGUUGGCGGUGGCGGACUGUGUGGUGCUGGCGUGUCCGCAUACGCCAGAGACGCAUCAUAUUUUCAAUCGGGAGACGUUUGCAGCCAUGAAAAAGGGGGUGCGGCAGGUGCGUUGACGAGAAUGCGCUAGCGG